AUGUUGAGUUCGCGUUAUUAUAGUGCGUCCCGUUUGGGCACGGAUGCGAAGCCUCGUACGGCGAUGGUAGUUGAUGAAGAUGAUGAGUUGUACACUGGGUUCAACGAGGUGGCCCCUGCCCUGGACACUCGCAACCUGAGGGAAGACCAGGACUUCCAGGAAACUCUGCGGACAGCUGGCAUCGGGAGAAAAGUGCCCAGUCGGAUGGGCACAGGGAUGUUCCGCGUGGGCACGGUGAGCAUGCGCGGCGCGGGGGCUGCGGGGCCGGCGGGCGCGGGCGGGGCGGCGGGCGGGUCCCGCGGGGGCACGGCGGCGGCGCGGCCCGUCACGGCCCUGCGCGCCGCGGGGUACACCUCCUCCGCCCGCGCCACGCCCAGCCGCGACGACAAGAAGGAGGACAGCAUCGAAGACAAAGUGAAACAGAUGGAGGCUCGUAUUAUGGCGCUGGUGGAAGACUCGUGCAUGUUGAGCGCGCGGCCAGACCCUGACGACGACUCGGGCGCCAAACGAGAGAUCGACCUCAGUCAAGCACUGGCAAAGGCGCAAGAAGCAUCAACGUUGGAGCGUCAAUUGAUUCGCAUGCAGGAGCAAGCCAACCUGGGGGACUCGCACAACCUGGACCUCACUUUUGCUGUGCUUUGCAACUUGGCAGGACAAUACGCUCUCAACGAAAUGUACACAGAAGCAUUGAACACGUAUCAACUACUCACUAGAAAUAAGUUAUUUCCGCACGCUAACCGACUUAAGGUCAACAUGGGGAACAUUUACUUCAAAAUGGGUGAACAUCCGAAAGCGCUGAAGCUGUACAGAAUGGCGUUAGACCAAACGCCUACUGCAGAGAAAGACUUACGGAUGAAAGUGAUGCACAAUAUCGGGCUGCUUCUAGUGCGCAUGGGCAAGUUUCGAGACGCUGUCACCAACUUUCAGCAUAUCAUGCACGAACAAGGAGAUUUCCAAACCGGGUUGCAUUUAGUACUAUGUUCGGUGGCACUGAACGACGCUGAAGGCGGCAAGGCAGCGUUCCACGCGAUGCUGGACGUGGAGCCGCCGACCGACCACCAGGAUAUUACUAUUGACGAUGAGGGCGACGCGUACGAGUGCGUGGUCCGCGACGUGGUCCGCGCCGACCGGCUGUCGCGCUGGUCGCGCCGCGCCGCCGCCGACGCCGAGCGCUGCCUGGCGCUGGCGGCCGCCGCGCUGGCCACGCCCAACGCACGGGACAUCGACUCUGGCGGCAUGUCGUGGUGCGUGGAGGCGCUGCGCGGCUACGGCGGCGGCGGCGCGGGCGCGCGGCUGGAGCUGGGCGCGGCGCUGGCGGCGCUGCGGGCGCCGGCCGCGGCGAGGGCGCCCGCGGCGCAUGCGCAGCGCGCGCUGCAGCGGCUCAAGGCCGUGGCCAGGGCGCACCCCAGCGACCGCGUGCUCAGAGCUGAAGCCAAUGCUGAUGCCGCGUUUGUGGCUUAUGCGCUGGGUAAUUACUCGGAGGCGCGCGCCCUGAGCGAGGCGGCGGCGCGGGACGACCCGUACUCGUGCGCCGCCCGCGUGUGCGCCGCGCUGGCGGACGGCGCCGGCGCCGCGCCCGCCGCCUGGCCGCGGGCCGCCGGCCUGCUGGCUGCCGCCUGCCACCUCGACCCCGCCGACAUGGUGGCUACACACGACCAUGCUGUGGCGCUGAGCAACAGCGGCGAGGCGGCGGCGGCGGCGGCGCGCUGGGCGCGGCUGCGGGGUGCGGGCGGCGCGGGCGCCACGCUGCGGGCGCUGGCCGCCGCCGGGCUGGCGCGGCUGGCCGACGACGCCGCCGCCGCCGACCACUGGUACAGCAUGAUCGGCGGCUGGGACGCCGGCGUGUCGUGUGCGCUGGCGCAACUGCACAGCGAGAUGGGGGACACGCAGACUGCCAAGCAUCAUUAUCAAGAUGUGGAGGCAGUGUGGCCGUGCGAGCUGUCGGCGCUGGAGUGGCUGGCGCGGGAGUCCCCGCCGGACGCCGCGCUGCAGUACUACCGCCGCGCGGCGCGGCUGCAGCCCAACAACCCGCAGUGGGGCCUCCUGAUGGGCGGUUGUCUGCGAGCCAACGGUCGCUACCAGGAAGCACUCACUCUUUACAAGAAGAUGAACGCGCGGUUUCCAGAUAAUGUGCAAUGUUUGAAGCUGAUAGUGAAGCUAUGUGGAGACCAGGGACUAUCGGAGACGGCGGCGUGGACGCGCGAACUGCAGAGAGCGCAGGCGCGGCUUAAACAACAAGAGAGAGCGUCCUCGGUAACUUCAGCUGGGAGUGGAUCAUCGGGCACUAGUCAGUCGCCGAUAGACCAGAUACGUGGUGCGUCCCGCGGCGGCAGCGCGGCGCCGGCGCCGGGCUCGCGGCGCUCCAGCGCGGCGCGGGGAGACAGUGCGCGCACGCAGCUCUACACACACGGCGAGGUCAUUCAAGACAGCAUGCAGGUAGGGCGGUCGAUACACAGGUCGGCAGGCAGGAAGAAAAACCUCGAAGAUGAAGACCUGCCCUUACCACCUGAAUAACAGUUGGUAAGCUUAAAAUCUGUGUUCUUUUUUAAUGAGAUUGGUAAUAAAAAUAGUAUUUACUAUAAAUUGAUUGACUUUUUUUAACUAGACAUUCCUUACGAUCUUUUGGUACAAUCUGGGUGUCUUCAUGGCAAGG